CAUUCUAGUGUAGGGUAAUGUGGUCAUCAUGUCAUGGACUCCAAAAUCUCAGUAUAAACCAAACAAGAAACAGCCCUCUGCCUCCUUUUCUAGCUGAGUUGCAGGUAACACUAACACUAGGUAGCAGAAGAACAAACUAGUAGGGAAGAAGCGAACUCAAGAGAAGGCAAAGCAAUGGCACUAUGGAUGGAGAAAGGCGCCGAACCCCAAACCGAAAGCGAAAAGGCUGACCUUGAUGCCAUCGCCGCCCUCAAAGAAUCUGCUGCUAUUGAACUCAAGGAGAAGGGCAACGAGUUUGUGAAAAAGGGUAAGAAGCAUUACUCGGAUGCCAUAGACUGUUACACCAGGGCAAUCAAUAACCAAGCUUUGAGUGACCCAGAGACGUCUAUUCUGUAUUCGAAUAGAGCCCAUGUCAAUCUUUUGCUUGGUAAUUACAGACGUGCUCUUACUGAUGCUGAGGAAGCAAUUAGGCUCAGUAACACUAAUGUCAAGGCAUUUUACCGAGCUGCGAAAGCGUGUUUGUCAUUGAACUUGUUGGCUGAAUCGAUUUCACAUUGCAAAAAUGGGCUUCAAAUUGACCCCACUAAUGAAGGGCUAGAGAAGCUAUUAGGGCAGGUUGAGUCUAAGAAGAUGGAACUUGAACAGCGCGAGGCUCAAGUCUCCAAAGCUCUUACUGAGGCUAAGGACAUUGUUUCUGCAAUUGAAAAAAGAGGCUUGAAGGUUGGGAAGCCAAUGUAUCAAGAACUUACUGGAUCAAGAAAGCCUGUAUUGGACAAGAAUAGUAUUCUUCAUUGGCCUGUUCUUCUUUUGUAUCCAGAGGUUAUGUCAAGUGACUUUAUCGAGGAUUUCUGUGAGACGGAAAUGUUCUCGGCUCAUCUUGAUAUGAUGUUUUCAGAAAGCGCCCCGCCUUUGCCAUGGGACGAGAAACACAAUUAUACUCGUGAUGCUGUUGAACUAUUCUAUGAAGCUAAAUCAGGAGUUCCACUGUCAAAGACGAAGAUUCUUCGUUGUCUCCUAGAGGGAACUCCAGCAUCCAAUCUGGAAAGCGUGGUUGAGGAAAAAGAUGCAACUGAAAAUUCUAAUUUUGGCAGCUCAGCAGGCAAAGGUUCCUCUAGAUGGGUCAAAGUAAAUGAGAAAAGAACCCUUUAUGAUAUUCUGAAAGAAGCUAAUUUCAUUAUUCAAGGGAUCCCAGUGUUCGCUGUUGUUUCUAAAAAAUCCAGCUUCUACAAAGAGUUCAAAGCCGGGGGCUGGGCUCUUCCAGGGUAGGCUGCAAUUUUAAGAUACUGAGUUCCUUUGGCUCCCUAUUGAAUUAGUCAAAAGCAAACAAUAGCUAGGUAUGUCUAGGAGUCAUAGUUUUUGUUACACAGAACUGGCUUUGGACCACCCAUUUCAGAAUGAAGGCAAGGCAAGUCACAACGUUGUACAAUUGUGAUUCUUUAGAAAUGUUUGUUUAGUAGUUAAGUUAGUUCUUACACCAUCGACAUGAAGACCCUAAAUAUAGCCCAGCCUAUAUGACCAAAAAGAAUAUAGCCCAGCUUUUCGUUGAAUCAAGUCUUUUUGCUCA